AUGAUAUUAAGGAAAUUUGUCUAAUAAUUAAGCCAAGUACAACUCUUGAAUAAGCAAGUGUACCAAUUUGGGAGACCAUUUAGAAUUAAGGUCAAUAAAUUUACUGGUGGAGCACUACAACAAAAUAAGAAGGAACAGGAGAAUGAAUAAGAUGAGGAUAUUAAUUAUCAAGAAUUAGAAGAUCCCGAUUUUGAUAAAAAUAAACAAAAGCAAAAUAAGUUUAAACAUAUAGAUGAAGAUGAUUUGAAAGAUCUUUAAAAUGAAAAAUUUGAUAUAUCUUAGUUUGCUGAAUCAGCAAAUCAAGUUGUGCUUGAUUCUUUUUAAAAUCCUGAACAUGAUCCUUCAAAAGCUAAUACAAUUAAGAAAUUUAAAGAUCUAAGUGAUGGUGAAGAAGAAGAAGAGGAAAGAUCAUAAUUAAAAUUGUCAAAAGAAGAAGAUAAGCAAUUCUCAAAAGAAUAAGUUUAGUUUAUUAAAGAAACACUAAUGUAUGAAGGAGAAGAUCCAUACUUUGAAAAACUAGUUAAUCGUCCUGAAAAAGGAGUAGUUUGGGGUCUUGGUGGUCAACUUCUUAAAUAGUAAAAGAACUUCUUUGAAAAGGGUAAAUAUCCCACUCCAGAAGCAGUUAUAAGCUUCUUAGAAUUAGAAUAAGGUAAGGAUAUUAUUUGUGUUGACUUAGAAAAAGAGUGCAAUAGAUAUGAUCUCCCCAGAUUUGGUAUUAUUCUUUCCUCUUUUUCAUGCAGACAUAACUACAGGAUAGCAUAAAAUCUCCUGAAAGCAAUUAGAGAACUAGAAAUUCCAGAUAUGAAAGAUAAAAACUUCAAAAUAAGUGGUAGAAAAGAUGACGAAUGGCUUAUGGUUGAUUUUAACGACAUUUAAGUACAUUGCUUUGUUGAGGAAUCAAGAGAAGAAAUUGAUCUUGAGUGGAAGUGGAAAAAUCCUCCCUCUAAAGAAGAAAUGGCAGAGUUUGAAAAAAUAUAAAACCACAAAUCGAGAAAAACAUUCUUUGAGCCUUUAGAUGAUUAUUGA